AUUCAUCCCUGGCAAGCGGGGGUCGGCGGAUUAUGGCCCCAAUCCUGCACUUGGCAACAUUGCGAUGCGAGCUGCAAUCAGCCACAGUUGAUUCGGCAGCGGAGUCAAGCGCCAAGAGGGGCUGAAGAUUGCAGCCAGUGGCUACCGGUCCAGCAGCAGCAGCAAGCGUGGCCUGACAACAGAUGUUGCAGCUGCCGGCUGUACGGUGGCGCAUGAGCAGUCGCAUUAUCGGCCCUUGACUGGCGCGGGGCGCAAAUGCACCGAUCUCCCGUCUCCUCCUUCUCCUCCUCCUCCUCCUCGUCGUCCUCCUCCUCCUCCUCCUCCCACCUCCUCCCUCGUAGCCACGUUGGCCCAAGCUCCCGGCCCAACCGCCGACCAGCCCCUCGCAGCAUGGUCGUUGCAGGUGGUAAUCACACCGUGCUCCUGAGGAGCGACGGCGCAGCCGCGGCCUGCGGCUGCAAAGACGAGGGACAGUGCGACAUCCCGCCGCCGGGCGGAGGCUUGUCUUAUGUGCAGGUCGCUGCGGGUGGUGCUCACACCGUGCUGCUGAAUAGCGACGGGUCAGCGGCGGCCUGCGGUCGGAAUUGCAAUGGGCAGUGCGACGUCCCAGCUCUGGGCGCUGGCCUAACUUACGCGAAGGUUGCUGCGGGUGGUAAUCACACAGUGCUGCUGAGGAGUGACGGGGCAGCCGUGGCCUGCGGCAGGAAUCACAAUGGGCAGUGCGACAUCCCAGCGCUGGGUGGAGGUCUGAGGUACACGCACGUCACUGCAGGUGGUGCUCACACCGUGCUGCUGAAGAGCGAUGGAACAAUAGCGGCCUGCGGCCGGAACUACCACGGGCAGUGCGACUUCCCAGCGCUGGGCGGAGGCCUGACUUACACUCAGGUUGCUGCAGGUGACUAUCACACCGUGCUGCUGAGGAGCGACGGGACAGCCGUGGCCUGCGGCUGGAAUGUUCACAAGCAGUGUGACUUCCCCUCGCUUCCAAGCCGAUGGACAGACUGGUUGCCCUGGCGGCCCACACGCCUCCGAUACGAGGCGUGCUCCUGGCCGCCACCAGAGCCGCCGAUGCUGGUCCUGCAGGCGCUCUUCGACGGGGCUUCGGUGCGGUUCGUGACCCUUGGCGGGGAGGAGAUAGACCGGAUCCAGGCGGCGCCCGCCGACCUCCUGGCAGACGUGCGCGCGCGACUCAUGCCGAAGGAAGACAGAGUUGGCACGUAAACGCAAACGUUCGAAGGUCCGCACGGAUUUCUGGAGUCGGCGCUGGGCCCCCCUCCCUGGCGCGCGGAGCGCGUCUGGGGCGGUGCCUCCGGCGCCACCAGUCAGGGGCCCGGCCGAUCGCGCGGACCUCUGGAAGUUCAUGCUCGUGCCGUUUCUGUCUCUUUCGAUCCGUGGCCGGCCGCCUGUCGCGGGUGCUGUGCUCCACGUUCUCUACGGCCGACGCCGUGUUGCCGGGGGGUGGGCUUCUGAGCCAGGCGCCCGCUGCGGAGACCUGCGCGGGCGCGUUCGCCGAUCGGUGAGCAGCCGUCGGAGAUGGGAGAGAGGAUCGGAUGAGGAGGCUGAAGGCUGAGCACGAGUCCUCGCCCUCUCGGCUCCGCGAUCUCGCAGCCCGCCUGCAGCUUAUUUGCGAUUGCCGGUCAUCGGCGCGAGCGGCGAAGGUGUCACCUGUCGCUCCCAGC